AUAGACACCUACAGGCGAGCUAUUGAACUGCAACCACAUUUUCCUGAUGCUUACUGCAACCUAGCCAAUGCUCUCAAAGAGAAGGGCAGUGUUGCGGAAGCCGAAGAUUGUUAUAAUACAGCUCUCCGUCUAUGUCCCACCCAUGCAGACUCUCUGAAUAACCUAGCUAAUAUCAAGAGAGAACAGGGAAACAUUGAAGAGGCAGUUCGCUUGUAUCGUAAAGCAUUAGAAGUAUGUCCAGAAUGGGCUGCUGCUCAUUCAAAUUUAGCAAGUGUACUGCAGCAGCAGGGGAAACUGCAGGAAGCUCUGAUGCAUUAUAAGGAAGCUAUUCGAAUCAGUCCUACCUUUGCUGAUGCAUACUCUAAUAUGGGAAAUACUCUAAAGGAGAUGCAGGAUGUUCAGGGAGCUUUGCAGUGUUAUACUCGUGCCAUUCAGAUUAACCCCGCGUUUGCAGAUGCCCAUAGCAAUCUGGCUUCCAUUCACAAGGAUUCAGGGAAUAUUCCAGAAGCAAUAGCUUCUUACCGCACUGCUCUGAAACUUAAACCCGAUUUUCCUGAUGCUUAUUGUAACUUGGCUCAUUGCCUGCAGAUUGUCUGUGAUUGGACAGAGUACGAUGAGCGAAUGAAGAAGUUGGUCAGCAUUGUGGCUGACCAAUUAGAGAAAAAUAGGUUGCCUUCUGUGCAUCCUCAUCAUAGUAUGCUAUAUCCUCUUUCUCAUGGCUUCAGAAAGGCUAUUGCUGAGAGGCAUGGGAACCUCUGCUUGGAUAAGAUCAAUGUCCUUCAUAAGCCACCAUAUGAACAUCCAAAAGACUUGAAGCUCAGUGAUGGUCGCCUUCGUGUAGGAUAUGUGAGUUCUGACGAUGGAAUACACAUCCUUGUAAAUAUGAAUGGUUAUACCAAGGGUGCUCGAAAUGAACUCUUUGCUCUCAGGCCAGCUCCUAUCCAGGCAAUGUGGCUGGGUUACCCUGGUACUAGUGGUGCACUAUUCAUGGAUUAUAUCAUCACUGAUCAGGAAACUUCACCAGCUGAAGUU